CUGGGAUGCCCGUUAGUCCCGGACUUUCCUGCCGCUAGUCAGAUUGUAUUGCGGAUGGUGCAGGCGUCGGUUAUGAGAGACGCAGAUGAAUUUGAACAGUUAUGGGUCAAAAUCCAGGGUGUAAUACAGUAUAGACUGUGAGAAGGAAAGAGACAGACAGACAACAUGGAAGAUCACGUCAAGGGUUCGCUUGGAACAAAACCUGUGGAAAAUAAACUUCUGCAGAACUUCACAAUCCCUAAGAUAAAAAGAAAUGGUGACAAAUUUUGUUUGCUUCAUUGUACGCCGAGCAUGAGGGAGUUUGGUGACAUCCUAGACACCUUAAAUAAUGGAAGACUUAAUCUGGCCUCAGAGCUGAAGUCCUUGUGGGCAUUUUCAGAAAUUAAACUUGUCAUCAAUGAUCAUUUAACUAAAAAGUUUUUUGAAAAGAGAAAUGAGAUGAAAGAACUUGGAAGACUUGGCAGAGAACUAGAGGAUAGGUUCUGCUUCCUAGUGGUACCACUCCAAAACGCAAUGGAUAUUGCUGAAAAUGGCUUAAGUGUUGGAAGUACAACCAAAGAGCUGGGAAAUCCUAAAAGGGGCGUUUAUUUGUUCCGAUACAUUGAUGUCGCGCUUAACUUUGCUCAUAAGAAGAACUUAAAUUCACACGUGGUGUUAAUAUUUAAAGUGCUCUUUGGUAAGGUUAAAACAGUUAAACCCAAUUCAAAACUGAAGUCAGUUUUUGAUCCAACACCAAAUUUUGACAGUCACAUAUCAAGGAAGGUGCCGCUAUGGAAUGAUCCAUUUGAUGAACAGGUUACAAGUUCCUUGAUUUAUGUAUAUGAAUAUGAUAGCAGCCUCAAGCCUGUGAAAGCGCCAAGACAAUGUCUUCCGAUUGCUGCAGUAGAUGGAACUUUUAUAAUCAACAUCAACAAAACUCUUACAGCUUCUGUACCAGUACGCUUCCCCUCCAAACCUGUUUCAUCAGGAAACACUACUCUUGCAAACUGCACUGUAGUCAAGCGAAUUGGAAAAGGCAAAGAUGCAAAGGUUAUAUUUAAAAGUGUUACUCCAUCAUUACCACAAGCUGCUGGAAUAGAAAUUGCCCCCACCAAUGCUUCAGAUAAAGAAGCACCUUCUAUUCCUGUUAUUGAGACAGAACAAAGUUGCGGUAUUUUCGAGAAAUCACCUUUGUGCCAGAACAAUAUUACCCUUCCUGACCUAACCAUAUCCCUUCAACAGCACAGUGUUGCUUUAGAAAAUCUAAUAACCUCAUGCAUGGUAAUUACAUCAAAAUCUAUGAAGGACCCAAGACUCUUAAAACGAAGUGAUGGGGAAAUUGUCAAACCAGUUGGUGAACAGAACCAAUACAGUCUUCUUUUUGAAAAUGAGGUGUCUUGUAACACUGAAAGGCUUUCUAGUAAAGAAAAUGCUUGCUACGUGGAUGAUAGUAUAAAUAAAACACAAAAGUUCUUAAGUUUUGAAGAGAGGCGUCUUCAUGAUAGCUUUGUCAUGAGUAAAGAACCAUUUGUGAAGGGAUUGAAUAAAUAUUCAUCGUUUUUGACACAUAAUGGAAAGGAAAAAGAUUCAGGUAUUGAAUCUUUAGCAAACAUAUACAGUGAGGAGAAAGCAGACCAUUCUAUAAUAUAUGACCAGUUGUGUGGCGCACGUUCAAAUCAGCUAGGAACUGAAAAUAGUCUAGAAACUGAAUUUGCUGUUUCCAUGUCACUAAGUACAUUGAACUGCAGUAUUGAAACCACUGAAAAUGCAGGAAAAGACAAUAGAUAUGGAAAGGAAACGGAAAAAGAGUCAGGGAUUGACUCAUUACCAAAUAUAUCUUUUGAGAAGAAACCAGAGCUUCCCAAAAAACUAUGCAGCAAUAAUAAGCUAUACAAAAUAAGUGCAAGUCACUUAGAGACUGCAAGGAGUGAGCUAGCUCAUGUAUUUGAUUUUAUGUCAUUCGACUACACUAAGGAAACGAGUGAAAAUGGUGGGAAAGCCACUGAAAGCAACAGAUGCUUGACAAAAAAAAACCGAGAUCCUGCAAGGACACUAUUUUUGUCAUUAAAUGAAAAGGAAAGAGAUGCAGGAGUUGAGUCAUUAAUAAAUACAUCCUGCAAAGAAAAUUUAGAGCUUUCCAAAAAACUCUGCAGGAAAGGUGAACUCUACAGAGUAUGCGCAAGUCAUUUGGGGACUGAAGAAAGUCAGCAAACUCCGUUAUCUGAUGUAUUGUCAUUAGACUACUCCAAGGAAAGCAAUGAAAAGGCCGGAAAAUCUGAAAAUUAUGUUCAGCAAAGUUUAAAAAACGAAGAUGCUGCAAUUUUUAAGGAAAAACAUCAAAAAAUCAAAUCUUUCCCAAAUACAUCCAGGGAAGAGAAGGCAGGGCUUUCGAGAAAACUGUGCAGGUAUGAUAAAUUCUGGAAAAUACAUUCAAACCAGGUAAAAACUGAAAAAAAUCGCAAAACUCAAGUAUCUGAAUUUAUAUCUCAUAAGACCUCAAACUGCUCUAAGGAAAUGGGUGAAAAUGGAGGAAAAUCUGAAAUCAGUCAGUGCAUGUCUAAGAAGGCACAGCCACAAGACAGGGCAACAUUUUUGUCAUGUCAAAGAAAGGAAAAAGAUAAGGAAGUUGAGACUUUACCAAAUACACCCAGUUUGCAAGUUCAAGUAGUGGACUGCUUGUCUCUUAAUACCCCGAACAACAUUAAACAAAAUGAAGGGAAAUCAGAAGGUCCUAGUUGCAUUUCUCGACACACAAUACUGAAAAAGAAAGCUACUUUAAGGAAAACUCGUUUAAUUGACUAUUACAAUGAACAUUGUCUGCAGUCUAAAGAACAUUCUUUGAAGGAUAGUUAUUCAAUGGCUAUAAAAACAAAACUUCUGAAGAAAAGCAAAGACUGUUUUACUGGUGGAAAACGAAGAUCAUGUGGUUCAGAUAAAGAUAAAAUAUAUAAAGCUGCACCACCACCACACCAUGAAAAAGUAAAACAAGAUAAGGAAAGUCAAGUUAGAACAGUUCAAAAUCACUAUAAGGUUCCAGCUGAAAUAAAUACAGCACUUAAUGAUAAGAUGCCCACAAGUAUUGAUGAUACUCUAAGUCCACUUAAACUUGUUUCCACUGCAGUAUAUCCUGAGAAGGUAAAACAUCAGAAAGCCAAAGAGAAAUGCACUUUGAAGAAGACUCCUGAAAAGGAAAGAUUUGAACUGUAUGUGCCUAAAGGUGUUGCAGAGAAAGCUGAAGAAUUUAAAAGAUCUACUGCUACUCCUGAUGAAACUUUUGGUUUAGAUACAGAAUUUACUGAUGAAAAGGACAGUUUGAUUUUACAUUCAUUAAACAAAAUCAAUAGCAAGACUAGCAGUAGGGAGGAGAGUUUUAAUCCAAUGCAGUCUAGCCCAGUUGUUAGGAGUCCUACAAAAGCAAGCAUUCCUAGUACUGAAUUGGAUGAAUUUGUCAAAGAUGUUUGUAUAGAUCAGCCAAUACAAGUUCCACAUUCAAAGAAAAUGAGAAACCAACCUUUAGCAUUUCCAAAAAAUACAUGUGAAGAUGCGACAGGUGAAGAAGUAUGUUUUGUGACUGAAUCUUUAGAGAACCGUAUAGACUGGAAUGGUAUUUUUGGAAUGGAUCUUGAGAAAGUUAAUGCAUCGCUAGGAACAUUAAAAAACAACUCCUUAAGACAAGAGAAAGAGCCAAGUGGCUUGAGAAUUUUUCCUGAUAUGGAAAUUACUAUAACAAACAAUUAUUAUCUGUGUGCAGAUGAUUAUAGCAACAAUAUAGUUGGAGAAAUGCAACCAUCUAUGGAAGCAAAAGAAACAAUAAGUAAGUCAUUACAGGAUUUGAAUGGUGUGCCUCAAGAUCACCACUCAACAGAUGCUAUCCCAGGAAUUCAGUUUACAAGAUCUUCAGUUUUACAAGGUAGUGAAAACUUUUUGAAAGACAACCUUGAUCUGCUUUCUAUAAAAAUGGAUAGCAGUGGUCAAUCAAAUGAGAAAGUUCUCGGCUAUAGCCAGGAUACUUCAAAUACAGUGGUGGAUUCUAAUCUGAACAGUGUUAACACAUUGCAAAAACUGGAUCUUCCUACACCGAAGAAGAGACUAAAUAAGAAAAGGAUACCCUCAGUACUUGUCAAAAGAUCUACUAGAAGGAUUCACAAAUUUUCUCAGUCUGAAGAAAAUAUCAAAGUGGUUUUAGGUAUGCUGUCUGAUGAGAUCCCCCUAUGUAAGAACAAGCGCAUAUCUAAAAAAUUAGAUCGAGCUAUACUGCACUUAAGAAAGGCACAUAAAAGGGUAAAAAAAUCCCUGCAACUUGCAGCAAAAGUUGGAGAGAGACAAAAUUUGUCCAAAACCUGCAGUGUACAGGGAAAUCCCAGUGUUAAUGGGGAAGAAGAACAUGCAAUACAAGUUGAAAGUACAAGCAGUCAAAUUUUACAAACAGAAGAUCCCUCUCUAAAUAGAAAAGCUACUGAGAUACAGAAAUCUCCAACAGAAGACAGACAAUUUCUAAUAGAAUCAACUCAAGGGAUGAUUAAUGGCCCAUUUGUACAUGAUGCCCAGAAGAACAAAGUAAAUGGCAGUUCAGGAACAAAAAUCUCACUUUUGCCUCCUUGCAAAGUUCCUAUUUGCACCACAGAAACUCCUGAAGAUCAUUCUAGUAUUUCCAGUGUUAUUGUAUCAGAUAAAGAAAACACUGUGCCAAUGGUUCCUUCUUUGAAAUCACCUGAUGGCAAAACAAAGCAUGUAGUGAACUGUGAAAUGACCAGUAAAGAAAGUAUAGUGCAUAGCGUUGGACAAAAAAGAAAACAUGCCUCAAAACGAAUGUUCUCUCAAGUCAGGAAGCGGAGUUCAACCUUCACCAUAUCAGCACCUAAAAGUUCAAAUAGAAAAUUACAUGCUGUUAAGGAGAAGACACACCUGAAAGUAAAAAGAAACAAAGGAUCCAUUCCAACAACUGAUGCUAAAACUUCAAGUUUAUUACUGAAAAAAUUAUCAGAUAUUUUACAAAAAGCCAGCAAGACAGAGUCCUUAAAAUCUUUGUACAAUUGCAAAUUGAUGUGCCAGAAAAUGAUUCCUGCUUUUGUUAAAGCUUUUGAGAAGAAGCAACACUGUGCCUUAGAAGAUGUGAUAGUGGACAGAAGAUUGUUUGUUAAAGAAAAUCUAAAAACAUGUUUCCGAUGUACUUUGAAACCCCAAGCUGUAGAGGCCUUUCUUGAAUUGCAAAUGGUAAUGGAAACCAGACAGUUUGUUGAGAAUAGGAUGCACUAUAUUGAAGGAAGGCCUACAUUUCGUAGUCUUUUAUGGUACGAUGGGUCCCUCUAUACAGAGCUACUUACAGGUAAAUCUGGCUAUCAACAGCAAUCUCAUUUUUAUUCAGCCUUUCAGGAAAAACUGAAGCUUAACUCUGUAUCUACACUGGAGAAUCAUUAUGCGCAACUUUUUGAGUAUCUGCAGGCAAUUCAAGAGAAAGAUAGCUGUUACUAUGUAUACCUGAAAUACAACAGAGAGUUGCAGGAAUGUGAAGAUGUUCUAAAGAAUGACUGUGACCAUGCCAUAUUUUCACUGUCGGUUCCUUUCAGCUGUGGAGUACAUAUUGGAGAUACAAUAGAUGACCUGACAGCCUUGCAAAAAAGUACUUUAGAGAUCAUACGGACCUUUCUUAACCUUCCUAAGUGUGAUCUAGGAAAAAAGGAGCAUGCACUCUCACUCCUAGAAUUUAUCUCUGCAAAAAUUGAUUACAUUAAGACCUGUGUAUCCACAAGUAUGCAGCGUUCACUCUUUGGUCUUGAACACUUACUAUUUGAUGCAGCCAAAGUGUUGGCUUUUAAUGAAAGAAAAAAAUACGGUGGCCAAAUUAAAAACAUUACCAAGGAGUUUAUGAGUCAGAUAAACAGCGUUGCUUUGUCAAAGUUGUAUGAUGUUUACUGUGUCCAUUGUGAGCAACCAAACACCAAAAAGAGUAUUUUAAGUAAGAUCUUGAAUCCACACAAAAGUUCUGAAUUCUUUGAUAACCAAGAUGUCUUCAUCUUUGGAAAAAUUAUUGAUCAAGCUCGGUGUGCGGAACCUGAUCUGUUGAAGAAAAUGAUUCAAGAGUGCAGUCAGCAUCUGGAAUUUCAGAGUAAAUACUUCCAGAUCCUACAGGAGUGCAUUGUGGAUGAAGUAAUAAUUCAAGAGACCAAUGUUCUUGAUAUGGCUCAAAGAAAGGACGCAUAUGCCACUCUAUUAAAGCCUGAAGCCGUUGAGGCAUAUAUUGAUUUAGCAAUGACAUUUGAAACAUUACACUUCCUUAACUGUCUAUUGGCUUCAAAAAACAACCAAAUGAGAACAAGGGGAUUACUCUGGUAUGAUACUUCUCUAUUCUCAGAUCUGAUACAAAACCAAUAUAGAGUAGAGUCACUUUUGAAAGGAAAUGCCAUGUCUAGUGCGAUUAGUAUAAUAGACAGCACAAUAUUAGAUAUAAAGUCAGAACUGGAAAUAAUUUCCAAUUGCUCAAAUUCUGUUAAUUACACAUAUGCAUUUCAGAUAAUAACAAGAGAACUUUCAGAGCUUUCAGAACUCAGAACCUAUAUGAAGUCUAAUCCUGCAAUUACUACAUACAUCAAUGUUUCUCCAUUUGUUGCCUCUUUACAUUAUGGAAACUCAUUACCAGAACUAGACCACAAUUACAAGCUGCUAUCAGACUAUCUGGAAAUUUUAUUGUCUACCCCAAAAAAAGAUUUAGGGAAAGUGGCGCAUACAAUGAAAAUAAUGAAUACAAUUGAUUUCAUAAAAGCUUUAGUUUUCAAAACAGGGAUAUCAACAUUUGACUGUAUUACAUGGAAUGUUCUCCACAAUAGAAAGAAACAUGGUCAAUCCUUAAAAAGACAAAUCCAGGAUAAAAGAGAAUUCCUGAAUGGUCAGUCCCCUUGGAAACGGAUAUGCUUUCAAGUAUCUGCUGAUAAUUCUACUUCCUCAACCCCCAAAAAGCAAAAGGGUCUAAUAUCACCUGAAAAGGCAUCUUCAAUGGAGAGAGAAGAAAAUGAAGUCAAGCCUGACAUAAAACCAAGAAAACUAUUUGAAAUAUUUACCCCUGUGCCACAAUAUAAAAACCAGAAUCCUGUAAAAAACGAAUGUGUGAAAGAUUCACCACAGAAGGAAAGCAAAUUAUGUUUCCUUCCAAGUCUGAAACAUAGAAAAGAAUAUACCAUUACUGCUUCAGAAGUAAGAAGAGCAGAUGGCAAGGACUGCAAAACAAGUCCAUCAAACCAAGAUGGCGUAAAGAUGGGUGAUUAUUUUGUUGGCACAUUUCAAGAAGCAUUAACUACUACAGACAUGUGUGAGUUUACUUUGGAUUCAGCAGAUCAACCUCUUCCAGAUAGUAAAAGUGUUGAUACCUGUUGUCCAGAAUCCCUCUUUUCAGUUGGAUCAGGUUCUGAAAAUGCCAAUAAAGCAUCUGACAUUCAAAGCAGGAAAGUGCGUGACGAGUUCUCUGAAGAGAAAGAGUCUUCAUUAGAUGAUAAUGCAAGUAUCUUAAGCAUGUGCUCCAUGGACAUUAAUACAUCAGAGGAGCAGGAAAACAUCAAGCAACUAAAUCCAGGACCUGAAGAACAAGAAGAAAUAAAGAAAGACUUAAAUGUCUCUGAGAUGAAAGAACCAAAAGAUGAAUCUACCACCUGGAAUGGUCAGUCAGUCUCGGCAGCCAGUCGUCAGUAUCCACCGUUUCCCAAUUCUUGGCAGUAUUCCUUAUAUUGCUGGUAUCAAAAUGGUGAUAACACUGGAGGAGUAAGACAAACAUACCCACAGGUUUCUUACAGUACACAGCCAAGAAGUCCUUUUAAUCAGUCAUCUGCUUUUUCGGUGCCAAAUUCCUACAUUACAAACCAGCCUUACUCCAGUCUCAGUGGACAAAUUCAAGCACGAAUGUAUUCAGCUGCGGGGCCUUUUGGUGCCAGUGUGCCAUACAAUUAUACUGAUCCAUCCACUUCUUCAAAUCAGAACCCAGUGCCAAUUCCAUACUCGUACAAUAGUAUAAAUGCAAGAUGGCCAUGUGGUUCUUGGCAAUAAUUUAAAGAAGAUGAGAAAGCAAAAUCUGUGGAUACCAUGGCUGCAUCUUUUCAGUUGACUACUUACUGUAGUGUUUUCUGUGCCAAUGACAUUGGUAGCUUAUGGCACAUUUCUUACUUGUACCAGAAUUUUUGUAUGUGUUUGCAUUAAAAUAUUGAAAGUUAAAAUGUAUCUUCAGUAUUUCUUUUUUACAAGAAAAUACUUAUUUUUAUAUAUUUUCCAAUUUUGUACACCAGAGUUUUCUUCGGGGCAGUCUUUUAAAGUGUCUGCAACUAUUUUUAUAUUAUUUUGUUAUAGGUUUGUGUUCUUUUAAGGUAACCUGUCAUUAUUUUUAAUGUAACCUCACUGAGGGCAGCAUAAAAUAGUGACAGAAAUGCUGAUUUCAGCGGUGUGUCACUCAUGAGCUAAAACUAAGUGGUUGCUGAG